AUGACUGAAUAUAUUGAUAACGAAAGCAAAUUUUUAACUCAUUCUUCUCGAAGACCUCCAACAAAGAGUAAAAAGCCAAAUAGGAUUAUGAACAAUAUGACAAGCAGUGGACACAGGAACAUGGCUGGAUUAAUGGUCAGUCAUGGCGCUGAGAUGUCAGAACACGGUGCCAAGCCGCGAUGCACGACCAACACUCGCGAGCGUGACCGGACUCAGAGUGUGAACACAGCUUUCGUAACACUACGGACACUAAUACCCACAGAGCCUGCGGACCGUAAACUGUCAAAGAUCGAGACGCUGCGUUUGGCAGCCAGCUACAUCGCCCACCUGAGCACCGUGCUGCUGGUUGGAGCCGAGUGUUCCCAACAACCUUGCAUCAGACACCAAGCCAUUGCCAGGGGACAUCUGGCGCUCGACACGCCACAGCCUGUGUGCACAUUUUGCAUGAGCGCUGCCAAGCACAAACUG